AAGGGGCAGCGGGGUUUGUGUCAAACAUCAAUCAGUAUAAGAGAAGUUUGGGCGGAUAGGGAUACCAAGUACCAGAGUGUGGUAGAGGCACGAGUGAAAGGUAAGAUGCCUGCAGUGUUUUGGGCCAUUCCAACAGCAGGGAGGGGUCCUGGGAAGAACAGGGUGCUGCUGGAGUCCAGGGCAAGGUGAUACGGGUGUUCAGGAGUGAAGACAGCAGGCAUGCAGAAGGGAUGAAGCUGAGAUUGCAGAGGGUUGAGCAGGGCUCACUGAUGAACAUGUUAAGUAUCACCAGGCGAUUGGUACAAGGCUCCAGACAUUCUUCAUACCUCACUCUUCCUAUAUUGCACCAUUUAUAAAAAUAAUCCCCCAAGGCCUCUUUUUCUCUUGCCUUCUUCCUUACUUUUUCCUUGCUGCCUCUUAAGAGAAGCAGGCAGCCUUACCGCGGUGGGUUAGAGGCCCUUCCUGCCUGACCCUCAGCUUGUGCGGUACCAGUUGCUGUGACCAUCUUCAGGAUCUGGCCCUGGGAAAACUCCCAGGGCCCAAGGGGGCCAGGAGGCCUGCAAGCCGCCUCUUGCUCAGCAGUCCCGACCCUGCUCCACCCGAGGUCCCUGGUUUGCCCACCUCCAAAGGCAGCCUUCGCAGGCAGGGUGGGCGCCCAGCACCGUCCUGGCACCUCUAGCCCCCUCUCUUCCAUGCCCCCAACUGUUCUCCCUGCGCAGGCUGCCGGCCGGGAGUUCUGGAAGGUGUCGGAGGGCCGGCAGUCCCGCGGCGGGCCCCGGGUUCAGUCUCCGCGCCUCCCUCCCCGACUCCGCCUUUCUGCGGGGAGGGCGCGGGGCCGGGGUCAAAGCGCCCCUCCAGGGACCCUCCGGGAAGCACAGCGGCUCCGGGCGGGCAGCCCUUCGCCAGCCCGAGCUGCUCCUCCAGCUCCGGCCUGGCGCCCGCGGCGGCACCUAAGAGAAAAUGAAGAGGCGCCCGGGCCCUUGGCGCCCCCGGCCGGAUCGUGAGCGGGCCGCGGCGGCCUUGGGCUCCGAGCGCUCUCGCUCCUCCCGCCCCGGCGCUCGGCGAGCCGCCGCCGCCGCCCGCGCGCGAGCCGGAAGGAAGGCCGAGCGGCGGGAGCAGGCGGCGGCGGCGGGCCCGCGGUAGCUGCGGCGGCGCGCCCGGGGAGGGGGCGCCCGGGCUGGGAACCCCUCGGUCCCGUCCCGGCCGAGCGAGGACAAAGCCCCCCUGCCGCCGCUGCGGCCUCCACGGCGCGGCACAAAGGGCGAGCCGCGACAGGCCCCCAUCCCCCUCCCGGCUCGGGUGGCCCCGGGGGGCGGCCGGGAGGUGGGGGAAGCCCCGGCCGCGCCGCCUCUCGCUCCCUCUCCCCCGCCCCAUCGGCCGUCCUCCCGGGAGGGGUCGGGGGGCGCGGCGCCCCGCAUAACACUCCCCCUCCUGCGCAGGGAGCCGCCCCUCUCCCCUCCCUCCUGCAAACACCACCGCCUCCGCUGCCACCGCCGCCACCUCUCCUGACGCUCCGCAGCUCGCCGCGGCCGGUGGGCGGUGCGCGGACCGUGCGCGCCGGGGGCGCCAGAUGUGCGGUCCCCGCGGCCGCCAGUGACCGAGCCGCAGCCGAGCGCGGGCGGACCGCCUCGCCAAUGCUGCGCGGUCCACUUUGAGCGCACCCCGGCUUCCCUCGGCGGGGACCCCGACACCCCGAGCGCGGUGCCCGGUUCUGCCCUCUCCAGCCCGGCUCGCCCCGCGUUUGGACAUGGAGGGGGCCGCUGCACCCGCGGCCGGGGAUGGCCCCGACUUGCGGCCGGGGGCGCCGGGCUCUCCUCCCGAGGCGGGGGCGGGGGCGACGGCAGCCCCCGCGGCGGCCCCGGAGCCCAGGAAGCCGCACGGGGUGAAGCGGCAUCACCACAAACACAACUUGAAGCACCGCUACGAGCUGCAGGAGACCCUGGGCAAAGGCACCUACGGCAAAGUCAAGAGAGCCACCGAGAGAUUUUCGGGCCGAGUGGUUGCUAUAAAAUCCAUUCGUAAGGACAAAAUUAAGGAUGAACAAGACAUGGUUCACAUCAGACGAGAGAUUGAGAUCAUGUCAUCCCUCAACCAUCCUCAUAUCAUCAGUAUUUAUGAAGUGUUUGAGAACAAAGAUAAGAUUGUGAUCAUCAUGGAGUAUGCGAGCAAAGGGGAGCUGUACGAUUACAUCAGCGAGCGACGUCGCCUCAGCGAGAGGGAGACCAGACACUUCUUCCGGCAGAUUGUCUCUGCCGUGCACUACUGUCACAAGAAUGGCGUGGUCCACCGGGACCUGAAGCUGGAAAAUAUACUGCUCGAUGACAACUGUAAUAUUAAGAUUGCUGACUUUGGGCUUUCCAACCUAUACCAGAAGGACAAGUUCUUGCAAACAUUUUGCGGGAGUCCACUCUACGCAUCUCCUGAAAUUGUCAAUGGGAGGCCUUAUCGAGGGCCAGAGGUGGACAGCUGGGCCCUCGGUGUGUUGCUUUACACUCUGGUUUAUGGAACGAUGCCCUUCGAUGGUUUUGAUCACAAAAACCUCAUCCGGCAGAUCAGCAGUGGAGAGUACCGGGAGCCCACGCAGCCCUCAGAUGCUCGAGGACUCAUACGGUGGAUGCUGAUGGUGAACCCCGAUCGCCGGGCCACCAUCGAGGACAUCGCCAACCACUGGUGGGUGAACUGGGGCUACAAAAGCAGCGUCUGUGACUGCAACGCCCUUGCCAGCUCCGAGUCCCCACUCUUGGCUCGCAUCAUCGACUGGCACCACCGUUCCACGGGGCUGCAGGCUGAGACUGAAGCCAAAAUUAAAGGCCUGGCCAAACCAGGGGCCUCCGAGGUCAUGCUGGAGCGGCAGCGGUCGCUGAAGAAGUCCAAGAAAGAGAAUGACUUCGCCCAGUCUGGCCAGGACUUGGUGCCUGAAAGCCCAUCCAAGCUGAGUUCCAAGAGGCCCAAGGGGAUCCUGAAGAAGCGAAGCACUAGCGAGCAUCGCUCUCACAGCACUGGCUUUAUCGAAGGCGUAGUGGCUCCUGCCUUACCCUCUGCUUUCAAGAUGGAGCAGGACUUGUGCCGAACUGGUGGGUCCCUCCCCAGCUCCCCCGAGGCAGAGGUGCCAGGUAAACUCAGCCCCAAACAGUCGGCCACCAUGCCCAGGAAAGGCAUCCUGAAGAAGACCCCGCAGAGAGAAUCGGGCUACUAUUCCUCCCCCGAGCGCAGUGAGUCUUCGGAGCUGUUGGACAGUGCUGAUGGGAGCAGCAUCCCGCCCCCCAGCCCCCCGGACACAGCCAGGGUGGCUUCCCACAGCCUCUCCUGCCGCAGGAAGGGCAUCUUGAAGCACAGCAGCAAGUACUCAGCAGGCACCACGGACCCAGCCCUUGUCAGCCCUGAAAUGCCCACACUGGAAUCCUUGCUGGAGCCCGGCGUCCCCUCCGAGGGCCUCUCCCGGAGCUACAGCCGGCCUUCCAGUGUCAUCAGUGAUGACAGCGUCCUGUCCAGUGACUCCUUCGACUUGCUGGAUUUGCAGGAGAAUCGCCCCGCCCGCCAGCGCAUCCGUAGCUGUGUCUCUGCCGAAAACUUUCUGCAGGUGCAGGACUUUGGGGGGCUCCAGAACCGGCCCCGGCCCCAGUACCUGAAGCGGUACCGGAACCGGCUGGGAGACAGCAGCUUCUCCCUCCUCAUGGACAUGGAUGAUGUGACUCAGGUCUACAAGAAGGCUCUAGAGAUCUGCAACAAGCUCAACUAGCAUCCUGGGGUGCAGGGGUGGGUUGGGGUGGGUACGAGGAAGCAGUGGGAGCAAUGACUUGUGCUAAUGAGCUGGUUACCUCUUUGCUGGCCAUGAUAAUAGACUGAAAAAGGAUUGGUGCCAUCUCUCUUGGCCAGGUUUGCAGCCUUGAGCCAGCACCCACAAGGGAAAAGUGGGCUCUCUGCCAGCCCUGCCAACUGCCACUCAGAAUCUGGGUCCUAAUUGGCGUUUGCUUUCUGGCACCUCCUAGAGGACCAGCUGUCCAGGGGAGGUGGUGUUGGCCAGCACUUAGAGGGUGGGGAGGAAGCAUAUGGGAGAGGGAGCAUUUCCCUAGAAGUUAUCCAGAUGCUUUUCUGAAGGAGGGGCAAGACAGACUGGGGCCACCUGUUCUGGGUGAGGUCGGAACUUGCUCCUUCUAUCCUCACAUCAGCAAGCUUGGUCUGACUACGUGGGGUUGACAAGUAGAUUUCAGCAACCUGAGCUCGAAUCUGUGAUCGAUUGAUAGUGGCUGCUGGGUGUGCUGGUUCGAGUAGCCCAGGCAUCUGGGAGGAGUACUGUGUAGUAAUGGCUGCCAUGAGGCCCGGAAGGGGGCAGUAGCACACAGGCCAUGUAAUUGCCAUCCUUGACCUGGCUGGGCCCUGGGAGUGUCAGGUGAAGGUGUCCUAAGGUGUCCUGGGAUCUAUAUUCUUCCUUUCAUGCCGCUGGUGUGGCGUUUGUUAAUUUGCUACUCUACUUUGAAUGGAACACAGGGCCUUGGUCAGAGAGAGAAUGCUCUGAGCACUGCUAAGGAUUCAGAGUCAACCCAUGGUGAUUUUUUUGGCUUCUUGCUGUCUGCCUUGCUCUUCAGCACAGCCUUCCAAGGGUGGACAGGGAAAACAGUGGUGGUGUCAGAGGUCAAAACUAUGGCGUAUAACAGAGCUUGGAACUCUCUGUGGUCUGCACAGAUGAGUGGAAAUUGAUCCUCACCAGCAAGGGGGCAAGCUUGUCGAUUCCUUUAACAUCUCAGUAUUAACUGGAGUGCUGCCUGCUGGGUCUUCACCCGUGUGGGUGCUUUGAAUUGGAUGAGAUGUGUCCAUAGGCUUCAGAGGAGUAGCUGGCUCAACAUCUACCUGUUUACUAAUAGCAAAUGUUUUCCCAUCCACCAAGUGUGGAAUCCUCAGACGUAGGUGAGUCUGCUUCUAGGAAGUUAGCGUGCAGGUGGGAUAUUUGGGUGAAGAAAGGAGAGCCAGGCAGAAGGUGCGUUCCCCCCACACCUAGGUAUUCUGUGUCAUGGGUUUGAACUCCUAGGCUUUGGGGAGAAAGAAAGUCCUAGACAUUCAAAUGAAGAAGGUGUUGAAAGCAGAGUGGGUGGGGAGGAAGCACACAGGAAAGAACAUUUCCCUGGAAGUCACCCAGAUGGUUCUGAAAGAGGCAGAAAAGAUAUGUGACAGGACAUUUGUCUUAAAAUGUAACUUAACUAGUUAUUUAACUUCUAGACACCAGAUUACAAGUGACAAGAUGUCACUCCCACAGUGGGCACCUUUGGAUGUGAGGUUUGAAAUUAAUGGUCUUAUUUGGGAAUGUGGGAUGACUUGAAAUUGUACUGGCCUGGGCAAAUCAAAACCCUUGUUUCAAGAUGGCCAAUUUCUGAUAGUUAUCUAGAAAUAUAAGGAGGUCAAAUCUUGGGGGGUAUUUUUGGGAAAACCAACAGUUCAUAAGGAGAUGAGAAAGAAUUUGCCUUAAAGCACUAACAGUGUGAAUUAGAAUGAAACUGCCCUUUCCCUAAGGAGAUGGCUCCAUUUCUCCCCUCGCCACCAGCUCUGGGUGGGGGCUUGUGCAUUCCUUCAGGUUGAGCUGAGUAGUGUAUUAUGGGAAACAUCUCAGUUUCCUUUCAUUCAGUUCCACCUCCUUCCUGAACUCCAGUAUAGGUUCAAAGGGAAAAAAAAAUCUGUAGAUAGCAAAUUAUGUGUGGGGGUUUGUGUGGGUGCGUGGAGGGCAUUCUGCAACCUCUGAGCUCCUUACUCCCUGUCUCACUUUAUGCAACCUCUUCUGAACAGCCUGUACUACCAUGCUGCUGGUCCCUCAUGCAUGGCAGCUGGCCUCGUUGGUAGUUGUCAGUAUGACUUCAGUGUAACACCUACCUACUGGUUGAUGCAUUUUUUUCCUUUUGCCAAGUGAUUGCAUCUGUUUAGUAUUUUCCAUCCUUCUUAUCUUUAAGUAAAAGUGAAACUAUUAAGGAAAAUCAUUUUACUUUCCCCAUCUCACCACCCCGAAAAACACAGGUGUGUUCUCUUUUGUCAAUAAACCAGGACAGUGGAUUAUGGCAAAGACAGUCCUCCACUCAGAGGCAGGGAUUCUGAGUUGAGUCCUGGUGUGCUGCUAACCAGCUGGUGGCCAUAGGCACCUACAGUGUUUUGGGGGCUAAGUCUUCCCUUCAGUGAGGGCGGGAGGGGUAGAUUUGCUGGCCCUGCAACCUGUCUAGGUCUGACAUUCUGCUAACACCCUCAGAUUCUGGAUGCAAUAUCGAUGCUGUCCUUUCGAGGAAAAGCUUGGAAUAGUAGGAAAAUCCCUGCAAAGUCCUACUGUCCCUACCAGCCAAUCCCCAACCAAGGAAGUCAUGCUUGAUUAAUUUCCAUGGAAUUAAAGUGAGAGACACUUUUAUGAUCCAGUGGACCAAGCAGGAGAUUCGAUGUCAGCUGUUCUGGUCCUUCCCGUGCCUCUGUAGGCCUUUCAGUGUCUUAGUUUACAUGUCUGCCAAAGGAGUAGAAUUCUACUUCUCUUUACAGGUAAAUUUCAAGGCAUGAUCAGUUUUCAGGAAGUGCUUCAAGACCCCAGGUGAAAUUACAAUGCCAAGUGCUCUCUGAAUUUCCAUCCCCGUUGUAAGGUGCUGCUGCUUCAGAUGAUGGGGGGCACUUUGCAGGGUGAAAUCCAGGUGAGGGUUACCCAGGCGUGUUGUCUUGAGUACAAAUGUGAAUGAUCGACUGACUGCUUAUUGCCAAACUGGAAAUGUUCUGUAGGGAUUUACUGGCAUGGUAUAUCAUUCCUAGAAGAAAAAAAUAAGAGAGAAACUUGACUGCACAUUUUUUUUUUAAAUCCGUGUUGUGACUUUUAUUUAAUUUCUUUUUUUUUUUUGGUAAUAAAAAGUUGACUUUUUUAUUUGAA